GUUCCUCAGUUUGUCCCAAGUCGCCAAACGUGGGAAUGCCAGAAGGAAGUGAAAAUAUUUUGACCCACAUAAUAGCUGACGCUUUGAAAUAGCUGUGUUGUUUAUCUAAUUUUUGUAUAUUUUCUUAUUACUUCGUUUAUCUACUACAAUAUCUUGGAACUAACUAAGAAGACAGCAACGUUCAAGCCAUCAAUAGCAAUAGUUGUCCUCGCUAACAAGCCAUUAGCUUGUAAACGCACUCAGUCGAAAACGCCUCAAGAUUUUACGGACCAAUGCAGGCCAUAAAGUGUGUGGUUGUUGGGGACGGAGCUGUCGGUAAGACAUGCUUACUGAUCAGUUACACCACCAAUGCGUUCCCUGGAGAGUACAUCCCCACAGUGUUUGACAACUACUCUGCAAAUGUAAUGGUGGAUGGCAAACCAGUGAAUCUUGGACUGUGGGAUACAGCAGGACAGGAGGACUACGACAGGCUUCGUCCUCUGUCCUAUCCUCAGACGGAUGUGUUCCUCAUCUGCUUCUCUCUGGUGAGCCCUGCCUCCUUUGAAAAUGUUCGUGCAAAGUGGUAUCCGGAAGUCAGACACCACUGUCCAAACACUCCAAUCAUCCUGGUGGGCACUAAGCUGGACUUGAGAGAUGAUAAAGACACUAUUGAGAAGCUGAAGGAGAAGAAACUCACUCCAAUUACCUAUCCUCAGGGCUUAGCCAUGGCUAAAGAGAUUGGAGCUGUGAAGUAUUUGGAGUGCUCCGCCCUGACACAGCGUGGCCUUAAGACAGUAUUUGAUGAGGCCAUCAGAGCAGUCCUGUGCCCUCCCCCUGUCAAAAAGAGGAGGAGAAAGUGCUCCCUGCUGUAGACUGUGGGAAAAAGAUUUUCUGUGAUCUGAGCUGUGUUGGAGGGAAAGAAAUAGGAAAUGAAACAGUGUUUUCAUUCUGAUUUCCAACCCCCCUCCUUUAUUGUAACUACCAGUGCAAGUUUAUAUCUCCACAAAACUGAAAUUAACAGUAGAUUUAGGAAUGGGAAUGAUUUUGCCCCCAAACCUUUCCUUUUACACAGACAGAUGCAUACUUAAGUUUAGAACUCCUGCGGCCUUUUUUUUGAAAGUAGUUUUGUGCUUUUAGGAAAAGUUGAAAACUCUCUAAAACAAGUUCCCUUCCAUUGAGAGCCCGUAAUGUUUGUUUACAGUCUUUUUUUGAGUGGAAUGAAGAUCUUGCCAAAUAACACUAUGAUAAGCAGAAGUUUUAGAUACAAAUUCCUUGCUUUUUCUUUUGGUUGGCAGUAACAGCUGGCAGCCCCAGGAAAUAACAAUAUAGAACCGUCAAGAUGGGUAAAACUACAUUAUGCAGCAAUGACAACAUCCCUGAAUGAGGUUAAGAGAAGUUUUUGUCAUCUUUGAAUGAUCAGAAAUGUGUUGUUCAUGUUAAUGGAGGAAUGAGUUCACCACUACAUACCUGUAUUACUUUAUGAUCAUGUUUUUGUGUGUACGAUCAUAACGUUUCUCGGUCAGUAAACUCUAAAAUGAGCGAGACCUGAACAACUCUACCAAUUUUACUACUACCACACUAAACUACUGUGCUUCUCAAUAACGGAGAUAGUAUAUCAGUAUUUGAAUCGAGGGCCCAGCACAUCUCCCUUUUUGGACCAGAGAUCUAAGGUCUCUGAAAUAAUGUCUGUUUCAGUUCCUAAAAUCUCCACACCAUUCCUGAGUACCAAAUACUCUCAACCCAGGUCGUCUGAAAUCUGUUUGACGUAUGGAACCAUGAGUGUAUAUCAAAGUCUGUGUAGGGGCAUGAGGACUGUAACAGUGCUAAUGGUCUUCGGGCAUUUAUAAUGGACCCUUUACCUAGCCAUAUCAUUAAUCAUUUGUUUUUUGGUUUUGUUUUGUUUUUUGUGUGUGUGUGCGUGCGUGUGAAUAGCACAUUAUCUCCAGACUAGCAAUGUUACAAACUAAGAAAUGGCAAAUGACUACUGUCAAGGAGAACACUACAUACAGAUAACGUGUUAUAAUGAAGUAAUAUCCUCUUGCUCUUUUUAAAAUUGUUUCCCAAUAUAGUCCUAUUUUUAAACUAACAUUACACAUCUCCUAUGUAUGCUAAUACACCACUUUAUUUCACUUCCAACGUAGCUUUUCUAUUUGACUCAGAGAGCACACAGUGCAACAUACUGACAAUUCAGUUUUUUUUUUCCUGCAUAUCUAUGUACUUAUUGGAGCCACCGUCUCAAGACACAAGUACAGAAUGUGCAUUUUGCCAUCAUGUUUUAAGCAAUGUUUAUUAUAGCCUAUGUUGUAACCCUGUUUUUAGGGGUAAUGGUUAUUUCACUUGUUUUACAGAUCUGAGAAGGAAAGAAAAUAAAUUCAGUUUAA